AUAUAUUGAGCGCCUGCUGUGUAGUUGAGCGCUUUUCUAUUAGAAAAACUGUCUGUUCGGGCGUGAAUUGCAAACACGCAAGUGGCAAACAAUUGUGAACAAUCAAUUGUAAUUAAUAAAUAAAUAAACGCGUGACAGCAGCUGCACUUGAAGUGCAUUUUUGCAAUGACAGCGCUGCGUUUCAGACUUGUGCUGCUUUGUGCGCUAUGCGCAGCAAUUUCACUACCGCGCAUUGCAACUGGUGCCAAGAUUUUAGCAGUCUAUGCAUUUCCUGGUAAAAGUCAUUACAUGAUGCAUACGGCGUUAAUACGCGCGCUCAUUGAGCGUGGACAUGAGGUAACAAUGGUGGCGGCUUUCAGCUUGGAGUCGCAAAAGCUGGGCAGCAAUUAUAAGGAAAUUCUAAUUGAACCGGUGUACGAUAUAUGGAAAGCAGUGGAGCUGGACACAGGCAUGCAGCAUAUGUUUGAGCUGACGCGCAUGAGGAAUCACGACUUUCUUAGAAUGCUGAAUCUCAUAGGCAGCAAGACCACGGAGCAUGCGCUGCGUCAGCCCAAGGUGCAGGCUUUGAUCAAUGCCAAUCAAACUGAGGGCGUGUUCGAUUUACUGCUGGCCGAGCAGUUCUAUCAGGAGCCGUUUCUAGCGCUGGCCUAUAAGUAUAACAUACCCAUUGUUACCACCAGCACGCUGGGCUAUGAGAAUCACAUGAGUCAAAUGAUGGGGCUAAUCACGCCUUGGUCCUUUGUGCCGCAUGGCUUUAUGCCCUUCACGGAUCGCAUGAGCUUUGUGCAGCGUUUGCAGAACAGCUACGAAUCGCUCUAUGAGGACUUGGAUCGCUUGUUCAACUAUUUUCCACAAAUGGAUGCAUUAACGCAGCAAUACUUUGGCGCCGCUUUGGCUGUUGUGCCUGCUGUGCAGCAAAUGGAGCAGCAAAUCUCUGUGAUGCUGCUCAACAGUCACGCACCGCUGACCACCACGCGUCCCACUGUCGACGCUAUGGUGCCUGUGGGUGGCAUGCACAUUUACCCACCCAAAAAGCUGCCGCAGGAUAUUCAAAGCUUUCUCGACAGCGCGCACGCUGGCGCCAUCUACUUCAGUUUGGGCAGCAAUAUGCAGAGCAAGGACAUGCCCAAGUCUAUGCUGCGCUUGUUUUUGACUGUGUUUGCCUCGCUGCCGCAGCGCGUGCUUUGGAAAUAUGAGGAUGAGUCUAUAGAGCAGCUGCCUGCGAAUGUUAUGAUACGCAAAUGGCUGCCACAGUCGGAUAUUCUAGCUCAUGCCAAUGUCAAGGUCUUCAUCACACAUGGCGGUCUCUUUGGCACACAGGAGGGCGUUCACUAUGCUGUGCCCAUGCUGGGCAUUCCCUUUUACUGUGAUCAGCAUCUGAACAUGAACAAAGCCGUGCUGGGUGGCUAUGCCAUUAGUUUGCACUUUCAAUCCAUCACAGAGUCGCUGCUUAGAGAGUCGCUGCAGCAGCUGAUUUAUAAUUCCAGCUAUAGACAGCAGAUCCAACGCGUCUCUGACAUCUUUCGCGAUCGUCCGCUGCCUGCACGUGAGAGCGCCAUCUAUUGGAUUGAGUAUGUAAUUAGGCAUAAGGGUGCACCUCAUAUGCGUUCAGCUGGACUCGAUCUCAGUUGGUAUCAGUUCUAUCUGCUGGACGUUAUUGGCUUUGUGGCAGCUGUAGUCGUCGCUCUGCUGCUGCUGCUGCGUCGCUUGUUACGUUUGCUGCUCAGCAAACAACAACAAAAAGUUAAAAGUCAUUAUGGAUUUCAACUAUUUCUAUUAUGUCUGCUGGCACUGCAGCAAUUGGACUUUGGCGCCGGAGCGCGUAUUCUUGCCUCCUUCAUCUUCCCGGGCAAGUCACAUUUUAUGAUGACCAGCGCAUUGAUUAGGGAGCUUGUGCAGCGGGGUCAUGAGGUCACAUUCAUUACACCCUUCUCACUAGCAAACGAAAACUUGGGCGCCAGUUACACGGAAAUUUUAUUACCUCAAUAUAAUUUUUGGCCUACAUGUUUUAGAGUCACCAAUGCUAAGACUGUGCUAGAUAUGACUGAUGUGCCUAGAAAUACUUUUCUAGAAAUGGUCAUGCUAAUGGGCUUGGAGAGCACUGAUUUUGCUUUUGAGCAGCCUGAGUUAUUGAAACUGAUUAACGCUAAAGAUAAAGUCGGCAAAUACGAUUUGUUGCUAACUGAACAGUUCUUCAACGAGGGCGCUCUCAUUCUGGCUCAUCUCUAUCAAAUACCAAGCAUAACUGUAACCACCUUUGGAUACGCAAGCUAUAUAGAUUCCAUUGUUGGCGUUGUGACCCCCUAUUCCUAUGUGCCUCACUUGUAUAUUCCCUAUUCUCCACGCAUGUCGCUUUGGGAACGUACCCACAGUCUCUACCACACCUUGUACGAAGAGGGAUUACGCAAAUUUUGGUACUACCCAGCGCAAGAUGCUAUAUUAAGGAAACAUCUAGCUAACAUUUUACCUGAGGUGCCUACAAUUAAGCAAUUGGAACGCAACAUUUCUCUGAUACUACUCAAUAGUCAUAUGCCACUGGAGCAUCCAAAGCCCUUAGCCUUUAAUACCAUCCCAGUGGGUGGACUACAUAUAAAGCCACCUAAAGCAUUGCCAGUUAAUAUCAAAAGUUUUCUAGAUGACGCCCAGCAUGGAGCGAUCUACUUUAGUUUGGGCUCCCAAGUACGCAGUGCUGAUCUUCCUCCAGAGAAGCUGAAGGUAUUCCUUAACGUGUUUCGUAGCAUGAAGCAGCGCAUUUUGUGGAAGUUUGAGAAUGAAGAAUUGCCAAAUAUUCCCGCUAAUGUGAUGGUGCAAAAGUGGAUGCCUCAGAACGAUAUACUCGCUCAUCCGAAUGUUAAAGUUUUCAUCUCCCAUGGCGGUCUCUUUGGCACACAGGAAGCUGUUUAUCAUGGAGUUCCCGUGCUGGGCAUGCCUGUGUAUUCGGAUCAGUAUAUAAACAUAAAGAAAGGUGAAGAUGCUGGUUAUGCUUUGGGCGUGGAUUAUCGCUAUAUAACUGAAGAAGAACUACGUAGUGCACUCACUGAACUGUUGGAGAACCCCAAGUAUAAGCAGAAUGUAAAACGUGCCUCAAAAGUGUUUCGCGAUCGUCCGCUGAGUGGCAUGGAUACUGCCAUGUAUUGGAUCAACUAUGUUAUCGAGCAUCGUGGUGCACCUCACAUGAUUGCAGCGGGUGUGGAUCUAUCCUUUAUUCAGUUCUAUAUGCUGGACAUUAUGGCCAUUGCCUUGGCUAUAAUGGUGUUGCCUAUAUUGGCUUUAAAAGUGAUUUGUUGCCGCCUCAUGCUCAUGGGCAUAGAAACCACAGACUUUACUUUUGAACAGCCUGAGAUGAAAAAACUCAUUCACGCCAAAGAUAAAGUUGGCAAAUAUGAUUUGCUCCUAACUGGACAAUUCUACAACGAGGGCGCUCUCAUCCUAGCCCAUCUCUAUCAAAUACCUAUCAUCACUGUAGUAUCCUUUGGCUAUAGCAACCAGCUAGAUCCCAUCGUUGGCGUUAUGACGCCCUAUUCCUAUGCUCCCAAUAUAUGUAAACCAUACUCGGAUCAUAUGACAUUAUGGGAGCGCAUUAAUAGCUUCUAUCACAACAUGUAUGAAGUAGCAAUACGCAAAUUUUGGUAUUAUCCUGCCCAGAAUGCCAUUCUAAGGAAACAUUUGGGUAGCACUCUGCCCCAACUGCCUACAAUAAACCAAUUAGAGCGCAACAUCUCGCUAAUGCUACUCAAUAGUCAUAUGCCACUGGAGAAGCCGAGACCUUUGGCUUUUAAUACCAUCCCAGUGGGUGGACUACAUAUAAAGCCACCUAAGGACCUGCCAGCUAAUAUCAAAAGUUUUCUAGAUGAAGCAAAGCAUGGAGCAAUUUACUUUAGUUUGGGCUCCCAAGUACGCAGUGCUGAUCUUCCUCCAGAGAAGCUGAAGGUAUUCCUUAACGUGUUUCGUAGCAUGAAGCAGCGCAUUUUGUGGAAGUUUGAGAAUGAAGAAUUGCCAAAUAUUCCCGCUAAUGUGAUGGUGCAAAAGUGGAUGCCUCAGAACGAUAUACUCGCUCAUCCGAAUGUUAAGGUUUUCAUCUCCCAUGGCGGUCUUUUUGGCACCCAAGAAGCUGUUUAUCAUGGGGUGCCAGUGCUUGGUAUGCCAUUUUAUUUCGAUCAAUAUAUCAAUAUUAAGAAAGGCCAGGAAGCGGGCUAUGUUCUGGGCGUAGAUUAUCGCAAAAUAACAGAAGAAGAACUACGUCAUGCACUCACUGAACUCUUAGAAAAUCCGAAGUAUACGGAAAAUAUAAAACGUGCCUCGAAAGUAUUUCGCGAUCGCCCUCUCAAUAGCAUGGACACGGCUAUGUACUGGAUCAACUAUGUUAUCGAACAUCGUGGAGCACCUCACAUUAUUGCAGCGGGUGUGGAUUUAUCCUUUAUUCAGUUUUACAUGCUUGAUGUUCUAGCUAUUGCUUUACUUCAACUGAAAAAAGGCUUCAAAUGUUUCAUACUGUGUCUUUUGGCACUUCUGCAAUUGGAGUUGACUGCCGGUGCCCGUAUUCUUGCGCCCUUUCUCUUUCCAGGCAAAUCGCAUUUCAUGAUGAUUAAUGCGAUUAUCAGGGAGCUUGUGCAGCGGGGUCAUGAGGUCACAUUUAUUACACCCUUCUCACUAGCAAACGAAAACUUGGGCGCCAACUAUACGGAAAUAUUAUUACCUCAAUAUAAUUUUUGGCCCACAUGCUUAAGAGUCACCAACGCUAAGACUGUACUCGAUAUGACUGAUGUACCUAGGAAUAAGUUUCUUGAGAUGGUUAUGGUAAUGGGUUUGGAGAGCACUGAUUUUGCUUUUGAGCAGCCAGAGUUAUUGAAACUGAUUAACGCUAAAGAUAAAGUUGGCAAAUACGAUCUGUUGUUAGCUGAACAGUUCUUCAACGAAGGCGCUCUCAUUCUGGCUCACCUCUAUCAAAUACCAAGCAUAACUGUAACACCCUUUGGAUACUCUAACUAUAUAGAUUCCAAAGUUGGAAUUGUUACGCCAUAUUCUUACGUGCCUCAGUUGUAUACACCCUACUCUCCACACAUGUCGCUUUGGGAACGAAUUCACAGUCUCUACCACACCUUGUACGAAGAGGCAAUGCGCAAAUAUUGGUUCUAUCCUGCCCAUGAUGCUAUUUUAAGAAAACAUAUGUCUAAUAUUCUAACUGAGGUGCCUACAAUCAAGCAAUUGGAACGCAACAUUUCUCUGAUACUUCUCAAUAGUCAUAUGCCAGUGGAGAAACCGAGGCCUUUGGCAUUUAAUACUAUCCCAGUGGGAGGACUACACAUCAAGCCACCAAAAGCGUUGCCCGCUAAUAUCAAAAGUUUUCUAGAUGAAGCCCAGCAUGGAGCGGUGUAUUUUAGUUUGGGCACCCAAGUACGCAGUGCUGAUCUUCCUCCAGAGAAGCUGAAGGUAUUCCUUAACGUGUUUCGCAGCAUGAAGCAGCGCAUUUUGUGGAAAUUCGAAGAUGAGCAGUUGCCAAAUAUUCCCGCUAAUGUGAUGGUGCAAAAGUGGAUGCCUCAGAACGAUAUACUCGCUCAUCCAAAUGUUAAAGUUUUUAUCGCACAUGGCGGCGUAUUUGGCACUCAAGAAGCUGUUUAUCAUGGAGUUCCUGUGCUGGGCAUGCCUGUGUAUGCUGAUCAGUAUAUAAACAUAAAGAAAGGUAAAGAUGCUGGUUAUGCUCUGGGCGUAGAUUAUCGCUAUAUAACAGAAGAAGAACUACGUAGUGCACUCACUGAACUGUUGGAGAAUCCCAAGUAUAAGGAGAAUGUAAAACGUGCCUCGAAAAUAUUUCGCGAUCGCCCUCUUAGUGGAAUGGACACGGCUAUGUAUUGGAUCAACUAUGUUAUCGAGCAUCGUGGAGCACCUCACAUAAUUGCAGCGGGCGUGGAAAAAUCCUUUAUUCAGUUUUAUAUGUUUGACAUUAUAGCCAUUGCCUUGCUUAUAAUGAUGUUGCCUAUAUUGGCCUUAAAAGUCAUUUGUCGCAGACGUAAGUCCAACGUAAAGGGAACGCGUUUUGGAUCGGGAGUAUUUAGUAAAUAUAAUUCUAUUUUAAAAAUGCAACUCAAAAUAGGCUUCAAAUGUUUAAUAUUGUGUAUUUUGACACUUCUUCAAUUGGAUUUAUCUGCCGGGGCGCGUAUUCUUGCGCCCUUUAUAUUUCCUGGAAAAUCGCAUUUCAUGAUGAUAAAUGCGAUUAUAAGGGAACUGGUUCACCGGGGUCAUGAGGUCACAUUUAUUACACCCUUCUCACUAGCAAACGAAAAAUUGGGCGCCAACUACACGGAAAUAUUGAUACCUCAAUAUAGUUUUUGGCCGACAGUUUUCAGGGUCACAAACGCUAAGACUGUGUUAGAAAUGACUGAUGUGCCUAAAACUACCUUUCUUGAGAUGAUUAUGCUAUCGGGCUUGGAGAGCACGGAUUUUGCUUUUGAGCAGCCAGAGUUAUUGAAACUGAUUAACGCUAAAGAUAAAGUUGGCAAAUACGAUCUGUUGCUAGCUGAACAGUUCUUCAACGAAGGCGCUCUCAUUCUGGCUCAUCUCUAUCAAAUACCCAGCAUUACUAUUUCAACAUUUCUUUACACAACCCAUUUAGAUCCCAUAGUUGGAACUAUGACGCCCCAUUCUUAUGUGCCUCAUAUGUAUGUGCCCUAUUCUCCACGCAUGUCGCUUUGGGAACGUGCUCACAGUCUCUAUCAUAUCUUGCACGAAGAGGCAAUGCGCAAAUUUUGGUACUAUCCUGCUCAUGAUGCUAUAUUAAGGAAACACUUAGCUAACGUUAUACCUGAAGUGCCUACAAUCAAGCAAUUGGAGCGCAACAUCUCUCUGAUACUACUCAAUAGUUAUAUGCCACUGGAGCAGUCGAGGCCAUUGGCUUUUAAUACCAUUCCAGUGGGAGGACUACACAUCAAGCCGGCGAAACCUUUGCCCGCUAAUAUACAAAGUUUUCUAGAUGAAGCUAAGCAUGGAGCAAUCUACUUUAGUUUGGGUUCUCAGGUACGCAGUGCGGAUCUUCCUCCAGAGAAGCUCAAGAUCUUCCUCAACGUGUUUCGUAGCAUGAAGCAGCGCAUUUUGUGGAAGUUUGAGAAUGAAGAAUUGCCAAAUAUUCCUUCCAACGUGAUGGUACAAAAGUGGAUGCCUCAGAACGAUAUACUCGCUCAUCCGAAUGUUAAAGUUUUCAUAGCCCAUGGCGGUCUCUUUGGCAGCCUAGAAGCUGUAUAUCAUGGAGUUCCUGUGCUGGGCAUGCCUGUGUAUUCGGAUCAGUAUAUAAACAUAAAGAAAGGUAAAGAUGCUGGCUAUGCUUUGGGCAUGGAUUAUCGCUAUAUAACAGAAGAAGAACUACGAAGUGCACUCACUGAACUACUAGAGAAUCCCAAGUAUAAGGAGAAUAUACAACGCGCGUCAAAAGUUUUUCGCGAUCGCCCUCUUAGCGGCAUGGACACAGCUAUGUACUGGAUCAACUAUGUUAUCGAACAUCGUGGAGCACCUCAUUUGGUUGCUGCGGGUGUGGAUUUAUCCUUUAUUCAGUUUUACAUGGUUGAUGUUCUUGCUAUUGCAUUCCUAAUAAUUGUGAUACCAAUAUUGAUUAUUACAAUUGUUUGUCGCAGCCGUAGGUCCAACCCAAAGGCUAAGUCCAAGGUCAACUAAUUAAACGGAAUUAUAAUGUAUUUUAUU